CGCGAGGAUGCGCCACGGGGCGGCGUUCGAUCGUCCGAAAGCAGCGUCACAUUCGCGCGCCUUCGCGCUCUGGAUCGCGCUUAUCAUCCGUGAUCGUCCAUUCGCUCCUCGAUUGGUGGCUCCCCGCGCGCAAAAAUCUACAUCCACGUAUGUACACAUGACGUGCGCGAGAUCGAUGAUACUCGCGCCGUGAGAGGACAGAGGACAGAGACCGGCGGGUAGACGGGUAGACCAUACGUAUUCACGCGCUCUUUCGCGGCAUUUUGGAGCGCGCGCCGAAAUACGGCGGCUAGGAGGAUGACACGUAGACGCGGGAGCGUUCGGGUUGUCGCGUGAGAUAUGUGCCAAGAUCUCGGAUUUCGCGCGGCGACGACAACGACACGGUGCUUACGGAGUAGACGCGGGUAACCGCCGCACGUCCGCCUCACACGCCAUCGCGCGCGAUGCCGCCGAGCCGCCUGGACGCGGUCUACCGCAGCGUCCUGCUCACCAAGUUCUUCACGAAGGGCUGGGGUAAUCCGCAAAAUCUAAGGAGAAUUUUUGAAUUCCGGAAAAUUAUUGCAAACCGGGAAGCGUGCUACAAUAUGAUACCAUUUGACUACCCAAUAGAAAUAACCAAAGAUGAAGUUUGGUCAGACUGUCAUAUAAUUGAAGGACAAUUUGAGUCACCUUUCGAGAAGCAUCUAUCAGGGAUAAUGCCGGAUAAGGCCAAGACAGCUUACUUUCAGAUAGUUUUGCCAUCUAAAUGGACCUCUCACAAAAUAAAACCGAUUUGUUUACAUCUUGCGGGAACGGGCGAUCACUUUUUUUGGCGACGUAGAAAUCUUAUUGCUAAGCCGCUACUUAAGGAAUUCGGAAUAGCCUCGAUACUGCUGGAAAAUCCAUUUUACGGUCUGAGAAAGCCGGACGAUCAAAAACGCUCCAGUCUGCACAAUGUGUGCGACAUUUUUAUUAUGGGAGGCUGCCUAAUAAUGGAAUCGAUUGUUUUGUUGAACUGGUGCGAACAGCAUGGAUUUGGUCCGUUGGCUCUCACUGGACUGUCGAUGGGCGGACACAUGGCAUCCCUAGCGGCUACCAACUGGCCGAAGCCAAUCUCAUUGAUACCUUGUCUGUCAUGGUCAACCGCUUCGCCCGUAUUCACGGAAGGAGUAAUGAGCGCGUCGAUAAAUUGGGCCCUCUUAGAAACGCAAUAUUUUUCAGACGAAGUAUAUCAAAAUGAUCUUGCAAAAAUGGUGAAAGUUAUCGAUCAUGAUGAAAGUGAUGCUUUUUUAGCUGGCCAACAUUUUGCCAAGCAUUAUCCUGCAAGCAUGAAAAGGGUAGAUAAAUUAAGGGAAGAAUCCGACGAAAGCAACAAAGACAAUACUACGGGUGAUACAAUAAGUACAAAUUCUACCGAUAAUCGUAUUGACAAUAACGAAUCUAAAAAUAGCAACAAUCAACUACGAUAUCAGAUCGCAGAGGAGAAGGCAGCUGCCAAAAUAUUUCCUUUAAAUUUAAUUUCUAACAGAUUUAAACCAAAGGAUUCUAAUGCUCUUAAAGACAACAAAUGGCGUGAACACGAGGCGUUGCAAUUCAUGCGCGGUAUAAUGGACGAGUGCACACACUUGAAGAAUUUCGAGAUACCCGUUGACACUGAAUUAAUUAUCGCCGUCUGCGCCAAGAACGACGCUUACGUACCGCGAGAUCGUUGCAUGAGUUUGGAAACAAUAUGGCCGGGAGCUGAAAUUCGUUAUAUCAAUGCUGGACACGUCAGUGCAUAUCUUCUUCAUCAGAAAGUCUUCAGAUCCACAAUAGCAGAAUGUAUUCAACGAUCUAUGAAAAAGUAUCCUACAGAAGUCAGUUGAUGAUUUUGUAAAUUUUACUAUAAUUAGUGUACAUAUUUCGAAAUUGUAUUAAAUUGGAUUUAAUUAGAUGAUGGAAUAUUUCCUGAUUUAUGAUUAACAGUAUUUUUCUAUGCUCAAGAUGUACACGCAAGUGAUCUAUUUUUAAAUCAUGGUAACUAUCUGCUACAAAAGAGUACAAUUGUUCCUGUCAAUUCAAUCGAGUAUAACAAUCUAUAUUAUAAUAUAUAGUACAUAGAAGACAUAGAAUAAGUAAAAUUUGCUAUAACAAGUGUUCCUAUCGAUUCAAAAUCAAAACAAUAAUAUAUGUGACACAAUAGAUACAAAAGUUGUAACACACAUGUACAUAUGUGCACUGAGUAUUCUAUAAUGAAAAAAAUUAACUUGUAAAGAGAAAAAGAAAAAAGGGGGAAAAUAUUUUUUGUUUCCUGAAAGAUAUAAAAUAAUUUUAGUUUCCAUCUGGCUAAUGUUUUCAAUCGCCUUCAUUUGUUUAAAACAAUAUAAACUUUUGUAAUCUGAUUCUCAUAGAUAUAUUUACAUAAAAAAUUUUUAUGAGAAAUUGGAUAUUUUAUGUUUGUAAUAUGCGUCGGGUUAAAGUAAUAAAUAUUGUAUUAAUUAUAUUUUUAAUGACGUGUAAAAAAAUUAUGCAGUUUUAUUUUAAGAAAAGUUAUAUAAUCCUUAAGGAUGCCAAAUGCGAGAUUAAAUUAAAAACAUUUUACAAUAACAUAAAACUAAGUAACUUUUAUCUGUUUCGAUUAAAAUUGAGGAUACUCUGCACAUAUUUAUAUAUGCAUGCACACACACAUUUGAGAUUUAUACAUAUUUGUGUGAUUUAUGUAUUAACGAACUACAUUUUUAUUGCGUUUGCAAAUCACUGAUACACAAAUAAUGCUGUAUAUUGUACAGUAUUUGUUAAAAAAUAUAUAUUUUGUAUGUUAUGUAAUAUAACUGUAUAUGCAAUAAUAAAUUACAUGUAUAUAUA